AGAGGCUGGCCCAGACGGUGUUCGUCCAUCAUCGCCCGCGGACGGGGUCAUCGCUCAGAAGGAAACCGAGCGCAAGGAGCUGCUCAAGGGCGACUACAGGGACAAGCACUGGUGGUGGGGCUCCCUGCUGCUGGCGGCGGGCGUGGGCAUCGGGAUUGAGGGCUGCGCCAACACCUUCAUGCGCACCGGCCGCCUGUUCCCGGGCCCGCACCUGUACGCAGGCGCUGGAAUUGUAGCGCUGUGGGCUAUGGCUGCGGCGCUGACGCCGGCCAUGCAGAAGGGCGACCAGAACGCGCGUAACGCGCACAUUGCGCUGAACGCGCUGAAUGUGGGUCUGUUCCUGUGGCAGCUUCCCACGGGCUUUGAGAUCGUGGGGAAGGUGUUUGAGUUCACCUCGUGGCCGUGAGGUGGUGGGUGCGUGGACACAGGAAGCAGGAAGCGAGGAUCUGCGGGAAGCUGUGAUGGUGGGUUUACGUGUGCAGGAGGGGAAAGGAGUGGGUGCCUGUGUACUGCUGACGAACGAGUUAUGCACGCUGUACUACAUUUCCAUUAUUAUCCAAGGGGGCAUAGGGCAUGGUGGAUUCUUCCCAGAGUGUGAUGCAGGACUUGAAUAAAUGCCUGGUUAAGCGGCAGCUGCCGCUCGUACAUAUUUGAACAGGUCCGCGAGUCAGAGUGCAUGGUGGGUUGCAAUACGGCACGUGAGACUUGCCGGUCGUCAGGGGUAUAGCCUCGGGUCCUAGCAGGAUGCUGGCAUCUGCGUGAG